GUGGGAGGCGUGGGACGUGACCUUGACCUCCCUCUGGGGCAGGGCGGGACACUCCCGAGGUGACUCUGCACUUGGGCCUGAAUCGUGAUGCAAGUCCCGCACUACUGUGUCUGGGUCCAACCAUCGGUGCAUGGGGCUGGUGGUGGGACCCCACCAGUCCACAUCCGUCCGCCCGCGAGCGCCGCGCCGCGCCCUGGGCCGGGGGAACCCUGGCGGAGAGCCGGACGCCAGGCGGCGGGAGGAGCGCAGAGCAGCGGGGCGUUGACUGAGACACUGGCCACGCCCGGUCCCGCCCGCCUCUCUAGGCACCCAGCUCCGGCCAGGCGGGAUCCGUGGACUCAGCGACCCGCGCGGGCUAACCCGCUCUCCUGCCGCGGCGGCGGCGGGCGCGGGGCCGCGCGGCGAGGCCGGAUCCCUGCAGCGCGGCCAGGCGACGUUGCAGAGCCCAGCCAGCCAGACGCGCCAGGACUCCAGACUCCUGCAGUCCCUGGUGGCUCAGGUCGCGGGUGCACGACCUCACAGGUCUGUGUUGACUGGGGACUUUGCAUCCUGCUGGGCGCCUGGCUUGCGGCUUCCUCCCCAUCCUCCAGUCCCGGAGCUGGGAGCCCGCCGUCGCUGGAGCCCGGGCUCUGCCUGUUGCGCAAGCUGCAGACUGCCCAGACCGAGUGUGGGUCUCUUUGGACGCCCGCGGAAGGGAGCUAGGACCGACUAGCUUUUUUGGGGUGGGCUUGACUUCCCAGCAUCUGCCUUGGCUUGUAUGACCGGAGGACCACAUUCUUCUCCUUUGAGUCGCUAAAUGCCUGUACGCACCCCAUGCUCCAGCCAGGGAAGACGGGAGAAGCUGCUUGGAUGACGAUGGACGGUCCACUGUGCAGGAUGAGGGCAGAGUGUGUGACAUCACCACCACGAGGGUGCAAUGUGAUCUUGGGCGUCUCCCUUCCCGGCCAGCACUCUGCCUCCUCUAUCCAUCAUGGUGUUUGGUGAGUUUUUCCAUCGCCCUGGACAAGACGAGGAACUUGUCAACUUGAACGUAGGGGGCUUUAAGCAGUCUGUGGACCAGAGUACGCUCCUACGGUUCCCUCACACAAGACUGGGGAAGCUGCUGACCUGCCAUUCUGAGGAGGCCAUUCUAGAGCUCUGUGAUGACUAUAGCGUGGCAGAUAAAGAGUACUAUUUUGAUCGGAACCCCUCCCUGUUCAGAUACGUUUUGAACUUUUACUAUACGGGGAAGCUGCACGUCAUGGAGGAGCUGUGCGUGUUCUCCUUCUGCCAGGAGAUCGAGUACUGGGGUAUCAACGAGCUCUUCAUCGACUCCUGCUGUAGCAGCCGAUACCAGGAGCGCAAGGAAGAGAGUCAGGAGAGGGACUGGGACCAGAAGAGCAACGAUGUGAGCACAGACUCCUCUUUUGAAGAAUCCUCUCUGUUUGAGAAAGAGCUGGAGAAGUUCGACAAGCUGAGGUUUGGUCAGCUCCGAAAGAAAAUCUGGAUUCGGAUGGAAAACCCAGCUUACUGCCUGUCGGCCAAGCUCAUUGCCAUCUCCUCCCUGAGCGUGGUGCUGGCCUCCAUCGUGGCCAUGUGUGUGCACAGCAUGUCGGAAUUCCAGAAUGAGGAUGGAGAAGUGGAUGACCCUGUGCUGGAAGGAGUGGAGAUUGCGUGCAUUGCAUGGUUCACUGGCGAGCUGGCCAUCCGGCUGGUGGCUGCCCCUUCUCAAAAGAAGUUCUGGAAAAACCCUCUGAACAUCAUCGACUUCGUCUCUAUCAUUCCCUUCUAUGCCACGUUGGCUGUGGACACCAAGGAAGAAGAGAGUGAGGACAUUGAGAAUAUGGGCAAGGUGGUCCAAAUCCUUCGGCUCAUGAGGAUAUUCCGAAUUCUGAAGCUUGCCCGGCACUCUGUAGGGCUUCGGUCUCUGGGGGCCACGCUGAGGCACAGUUACCAUGAAGUGGGGUUACUGCUUCUCUUCCUUUCGGUGGGUAUCUCCAUCUUCUCCGUGCUUAUCUACUCUGUGGAGAAAGAUGAACUUGCAUCCAGUCUCACCAGCAUCCCCAUCUGCUGGUGGUGGGCCACUAUCAGUAUGACCACUGUGGGCUAUGGAGACACCCAUCCGGUCACCGUGGCCGGGAAGAUCAUUGCAAGCACAUGUAUUAUCUGUGGCAUCUUGGUGGUAGCCCUUCCCAUCACCAUCAUCUUCAACAAGUUUUCCAAGUACUACCAGAAGCAAAAGGACAUGGACGUGGACCCGUGCAGUGAGGACCCACCGGAGAAGUGCCCUGAGCUACCUUACUUUAACAUCAGGGAUGUCUAUGCACAGCAAGUCCACGCCUUCAUUACCAGUCUGUCUUCCAUUGGCAUUGUGGUCAGCGAUCCUGAUUCCACAGAUGCUUCUAGCAUUGAAGACAAUGAGGAUGUUUACAGUACCGCAUCCCUGGAGAACUGUACCACAAAAUGAGUAGGGGCAUUUGCAGCGGUCUCUUGUGUCCCUUUCCAACGUUAGGUUAACACAGCUUUAUAAACCUGAAUGGGUUUGCUCAAAUAAAUCAUUUAAUUCUCAGGGUGUACCUCUUAGCCAUAGUUGGACAUUCGUUGCUGAAUUCCGAGAUGAUAGAAUUAUCUUUAUUUUUCUCUGUGAGGUUAAAAUCAAAUGCCUUGUUCUGAAGUUUAUUUUUUACAAGAGAGAGUUGUACUAUGGGUUUUGGGGGGAACAAAGAAAAUGGUACUGGGGAGGAUUUGUUGCUACGGCUUACGCAUCAUUCUGUGUCUGUCAUAUCCACUCACAUUGAGCUAACUAUCAAUUACUGACAAAUAGAGCAGAAGUCCAGCUGACCGAAGACGACAUGCAUGUGAGAGCCACAACAUGAGACAAUGCAUGUACAUCCAUGUUCAUGUUCCUCCAGACAUGGGAAUUAGGAGCCCAAUAAACUUCUAAUUCAGUAUGGAGAAUGCCUCGUUUGUAUGUUAUUUAUGUCAAGUAAGUAUAUCCUACUAUCCCAGAGUUGGCUUGGAAGG